AUGAAGUUCUUUGUACUAUUGUGUGCUUUGUUGGGCGCGGCCGCGGGCCUCCCCGGCCUCCGUCAGCGGCGCGACUCCUCGCCGGAGUUCUUCGAGCUGCCCUCCAACGCCUCCUUGGUUCUGGGCGGCAUCCAGACCGGCUUCGACUGCGCUGACCUCCCCUACGGAUACUACGCCGACGAGGCCAACGCCUGCGCCAUCUUCCACGUGUGUCUGCCCUACAUCGACCACAACGUGUACAUCUCACGCCACUUCUCCUUCAUGUGCGCGCCUGGGUCCAUCUUCGACCAGGAGCGCCUCGUGUGCGACUUCCCCGAGAUGUCUCUCCCCUGCUCCGAGGCGGCCAACUUCAGGAGUUCCAACGCCUACUUCGGCCGCGAGGAUGUCAACUUCCUCGAGGACUAA